UCGUGACAAAACAGCUCACGCAAGCGCUCACGUUGCUCGCUAGUUUUGAGUUACCAAAACGGCUCCGAAUCCACAAGUCAAAACGUCAACCCCGUGCGCUCCGUCCCAAUACACCGACGCACUCUACUUGUAUAAAUCCAUUGCGGAAUUCUAACAAACACUUGGAGGGCAAGGAAUCAAAAGCUAUCAAAUCAAGGAAUGGAAUCACAUACCUCGAUUGACAGCAGUGACUCCGAUUGCAACUACGCCACCAUCUUCUCCACCCCGCCGAAGCGCCGCGCCGGGAGAACCAAGUUCCGGGAAACCCGCCACCCGAUCUACAAAGGCGUGCGCCGUAGAGGGAGAGGUGAGGGAAGGUGGGUGUGUGAGGUGAGGGAACCGAAGAAGAAGUCGAGAAUCUGGCUUGGUACCUACGCGACGGCGGAGAUGGCGGCCAGAGCUCACGAUGUCGCCGCGAUCGCGCUUCGUGGCCGAUCGGCUUGCCUUAACUUCGCUGAUUCGGCGUGGCGGUUGCCGGUCCCUGAAUCGGCUUCGCCGAGAGCGAUCCGUGCCGCGGCGGCGAUGGCGGCGGAGAGGUUUGGAUCCGGCGAGGGCACUGGUUAUCGGAGAGGCGUCGGCGGUGAGACCGGCGUGGCGGCGAUGAUGGAGGUGAGAGAAAAAGGGGUGUUAGAUUUGGAAUGGUUGGAUUGUGAGGGGAUAUUUGGAGAGGAUUAUUAUUACUACGAGAACUUGGCGCAAGGGUUGCUACUGGACCCACCGUUGCUGACUGGAUUGGAUGACGUGGAUUUCAGUGCUUACGUGUCAUUGUGGAAUUAUAACUUUUGAAGCUGACGUGGCGCAGGAACCAAUUUUGGGAGUGAAUGGUUUAAAAAUGAUAAUAAUAAUAUAUACAUAUUAUUAAGGAGAGAUGAUCACACGAACCGGUGGGUCAAUCUUAGUUAUGGGUUUAUAAAUUUUAUUAUUUUUAUUAUAUAAUUUAGGAAUAUAUUGGUAAUUAUCUUAAAAGAUCCAAAGUUAUUAAAUCGAGGCAAUCCAACGAAUGAGAUUGAGCCGCAUCUCGGUUCUAUAGUAACUAUUAUGGAACCGGUUCCGUGUGAUCAACUCUCUUAAAGUAAA